CUGGGGAGGAGUUUAAGUCUCACGCUGGGGUCUUGUGAGUUUAUUUUCAAACCUUUGCUCCUGGACAAUACAGAUGGAAAUAAAAGGCACAGAGCUGAGUACAGCAUAAUCUGGUGACUUUAGACGACGGAGAUUUGAACCAGAAAAUGAAAGGGGAAACAGAUGAUGGCGUUUUAAAUCAGCAGGUCAUCAGUGUGUGGGUUCGAGACCCGAGGAUCCAAAAGAAUGACUUCUGGCACGCCUACAUAGACUACGAAAUCUGUUUACACACCGACAGCGUGUGCUUCACUAAGAAGGUGUCCAGGGUGAGACGGAGGUACAGCGAGUUCGUGUGGCUCAGACAGAAACUACAGGCAAAUUCCCAGCUGAUGUCACGGCUGCCGACGCUGCCCCCCAAAAACCCUUUCUUCAGCAUGAACAACGCUCGACAGAUCACCGAGAGGAUGACCGGCCUCCAGAACUUUCUAACAGAGAUCCUCCAGAGCCCUCAGCUGCUGUCCGACAGCUGCCUUCACCUCUUCCUACAGUCUGAUCUCAGUGUGUCCAGAAUUGAAGCCUGUGCUGCUGGAAGAACCCACUUCUCUGUGGCCCAGGCCGUCCACCGCUGUGGACUGAGGAGGUUCCACUCUGAGGAGGACCUGCACAAGGACGUCAGCAUGUGCUGCGACUCAGACUUAGACAGCUCGGAGCCUGAGACCAAAUCCUUGUCUAUGAACAAAGCGGCCAGUACGACUUUGCUGGACCUCAUGGCGACCAGCAUCAACUCGUCUUCUGACUCCAUCUGAGAAUAUUUCCAUUAUAACCAGU